CGUGCUCAGCAUAAAUCAGCAUAAAGAGAUGUAAAGUGGGGCGAAUGCCUGUCCUUUGUGGGCAUCAUGUGGACGGCAGAGGCUGCUUUACAAGCUUUGCGCACUGAAUAUCCAUCUCCCAGCUCACAUCCAAUGUCCAGGGAUUCACAGAUCCAAGGUUCGGCUCGAGAUCGCUUUGACAGCAAGGUGUUGGAUCUGGAAAUGGAUCAAUGUACCCAACGGUUGAACACGAUCCAGAGCACCACAGAAGUGGCCUCGGCAGUGGUAGCAGCUCUUGCAGACGCAGGAUCCAGACUGCAACACUGCGCGACUGCCUCCCGCAAGCUGAAACCUGAGGGUGCUUCGUUGGAAGAAUGCCUAAAGCACGAUGAUGAGUCCAUGGCCGCCGCUUCGCACUCCUUUCUGGAUGCUUGUGGCAGCUUGGGUGCUGUUCUCAUUGGGAUGGCCUCCGCCAUCAGCCAGAAUGUCAUGCUUCCACUGGAAUCUUUUCAUCGACAUGCGUUUGCAGAUCAUACGAGGAAAGCUGCUUUGCUCGAUGAGCUGCGCAGAAAAGAACUGGGCUGCUCCAAUGCGGUCACAGAAUCCUUGCAGAAGCGUGAUCGUGCACGCCUAGGGCUUCAGAGUGCCAUGAGGGACCAGGAGAAGACAGAAAAGAAAGCUGGGGAGAAGAAGAAAGGGCUGGCCCGCUUUGCGCGAAGCGAUGAGAAGGAUAUGGCUGCUGCAGAGCAGAAAGUUCAAAAGGCGGCGACAGUGCAAACAGCCUCAAUUGAAGAGCUUGCCAUGCGCACUGAAGACGCCAACGAAGCUCGGGUGCUGCGAGAAAAGGCCUCCAAAGACGUGAGCCUUCUCCAGUCAUGCAUUGACUUCGUGCGGAGCAGGCUGCUGGCCCGAUGUUUGAAGAGUAGCGCUGGGGCAUGGGCAGAGGCUGCGAAGGAGCUGCAACGUGGCGCUGAACAACUUCGGCUCCAGGUCUCUAAGCUGCGACUCUCUGUGGAGCACUCAGAAGGAGGAUGCGCCCAUUCAGCCUCUCUGAACUCAAUUUGGAUGAUGAUAGCAUAGACUUAGAGGACCAUCCAGAGUCUCCGUUCACUGCUCCAUCUACAUCCUUGAGAUCUCCUAAACCAGGUUCCCCACUCGUGCUGGGUGACAAAGGCACACCUAAGCUCAACGAUCUCGGACGAGAUUCAUCACCACCGGCAGUCUUCACAGGUUGGCCUGUGCAGUCAGAGCCGCAAGUUUCCUCAACGCCUUUUGAUUAGACGCAAAAGUGCCAACUAGCUCUGCGGGAAGAG